AUGAAUGGUCUCUGGUCUUCCAAAUUAGGAAAACCCUGGGAAUGUGAUAGCCAAUCAAAUUGUCAACAGGGAAUCCAGGAAAGACAAGUGAAACUGUUGGAAGAUACCCAGAAGAAAAACUUCACUGGGAAGAGACCUCCUAAAUCUAAUAAAUUACGAGUAAGCUAUAGUCUCAACUCAGCCACCGUUCCUCAGGAAGUUUCUGUAGGAGAGAAUUGUCAUAAAUGCGACAUGUGUAAAAAGAACUUUAAAGAGAAUUCUGGCCUAAUUAAACAUAAGAGAAGUUGUUCAGGGAAGAAACGCUUUGAAUGUAAUGAAUGUGAUAAAGCUUUCAGCCAGCGUGCACACCUUAUUCAACAUCAGAGAAUUCAUACUGGAGAGAGGCCCUAUGAAUGUAAUGAAUGUGGCAAAGCUUUUAGACGGACUAUAGACCUUACUCAGCAUCAGAGGAUUCAUACUGGAGAAAAACCCUAUGAAUGUAAUCAGUGUGAGAGAGCUUUUAGCCAACGUGCACACCUUAUCCAACACCAGAGAAUCCAUACUGGAGAGAGACCCUAUGAAUGCAGUGAAUGUUCAAAAGCUUUUAGCUGGAGUACACACCUUACUGAACAUCAGAAAAUUCAUACUGGAGAGAAGCCCUAUGAAUGUAACGAAUGUGGGAAAGCAUUUCGAAAAAGUACAGAUCUUAAUCGACAUCAAAGAAUUCAUACUGGAGAGAAACCCUAUGAAUGCAGUGAAUGUGAGAAAGCUUUCAGCCAGCGUGCACACCUUACUCAACAUCAGAGGAUCCACACUGGUGAGAAACCCUACGAAUGCAAUGAAUGUGGAAAAACCUUCAGAUGGAGUACACACCUUACUCAACAUCAGCGAAUCCAUACUGGAGAGAAACCCUAUGAAUGCAAUAAAUGUGGGAAAACCUUCCGUCGGAGUACCGAACUUACUCAACAUCAAAGAAUUCACACUGGAGAGAAGCCAUAUAAAUGUAGUGAAUGUGAGAAAGCCUUCAGCUGUAGGACACACCUUAUUCACCAUAAAAGUACCCAUAGUGGAGAGAAACCCUAUGAAUGCAAUGAAUGUGGUAAAACCUUCAACCGCAGCUCAUCUCUUACUCAACAUCAGAGAAUUCAUACUGGAGAGGAGCCCUAAGAAUCUAACUGAUAUGGAACAACUUCUUAUGGGAGAUGAUCUGUCACAUCAGAAGAUUCAUAUUUGGUGAUUUUUAAGAACAUCAGCACUGACAUUUUGUAUGUUUUUAAUGAAUAAAAAAGAAACAUGACCAACAUUAGCCAACCCCAUCAUAAAAGAGAAGAUAAUAUACUAGAACACAAAGUUCACCUAUGUAGGCCAUAAACUUCAGGUCUGAUUUCUGUGGCUUUCUUGACACCGCAGCUCAUGAUGAAGUUUUGUCCCCACCCUCCCACUUUCCCCCCUGCUUGCCUAUAAUUUAUAUUGCUUGAAUCUCUGACCUCAACUUUUGUUGUUUCUGUAUGGUGUGAUUCCUCUGCUCCCUUAGUUUUACCUUCUGACUGAUUAUUUAACUUAUGCUUAAUUAUCCCUUAUCUUGGUUCUGAUGCCCAACUUUCACUCUUCCAUGCAUUGAACAAUACUCUUUACUGAUGCAAGCCUGGCUAUUAAACCUUGCCUUCCUAGAGUUGGCUGACUGAAUAUAACAGAGACAACACCAAUGAAAAU